UUUUGUGAAGUGACAGUGACAGUGAGAGUGAAAAAGAGAGAUAGAGAGAAAAAGAGAAAAAGGGAAGUACAAUAGGAGAAGAAACGUGCAGAUCAGGUGGAUAUUAAGAGAAUCUUAAAAGGUGAACGAAAGUGUGACCCUUAUGGUUGCCUAUCGUUGGGCGUUGGUGAACCUCCAAUGAAGAAUCAUUGGCAUGGCCACGCGACUGAGCCCCCGAAACUCGGAGGUGAACGCACUUGAGCAAAGGGGCUAUUUGAUCGGCAAGAAGAUCGGACAGGGUUCCUAUGCGACCGUACACCUAGCUGAAUAUGUUGAUGGAGCAAAUUCAAAAAAAAUGCGAUUGGCAUGUAAGAUCUUCGACAAGGAGAAAGCUCCACCGGAUUUUCUCGAGAAAUUUUUCCCUAGAGAAUUGGAAAUAUUAACGAAGAUUGAGAAUCCCCAUAUAAUCCAAGUACAUAGUAUUUUGCAACGUGGGCCACGUGUUUUCAUCUUUAUGCGAUAUGCAGACAAUGGUGAUUUAUUGGACUUCGUAACGAGAAACGGAGUUGUACCUGAGCAACAAUCGAAGCUUUGGUUUCGUCAAAUGGCCUCUGGGUUGCAAUAUCUUCAUAGCAAGAAUAUAGCUCAUCGGGAUCUUAAGUGUGAAAAUAUCCUCUUGUCGAGAAAGUUUAAUGUGAAACUCGCGGAUUUUGGUUUUGCGAGAUUUUGCGUCGAUCACGAUGGUAGACGUGUUUUAAGUAAAACUUAUUGUGGAUCUGCUGCUUAUGCUGCACCUGAAGUUGUCUCUGGUACACCUUACAACCCUAAGUUAGCUGACGUUUGGUCUCUCGGUAUCAUUCUCUUCAUCAUGCUGAAUGCUUCGAUGCCGUUCGAUGAUUCCAAUUUGAGAAAACUUCUGAAAGAUCAGAUGUCACGGAAUUGGGUAUUCAGGUCUCGAGUACGCGAGAUCGUUUCCAUGUCGGCGAAGAGCAUCGUUAGACAUAUCCUCGAGCCGGACAUUACCCUCAGGCUAACUCUCGACAGAGUACUUGGUCAUGAAUGGGUACGUACCAGAAAGGAGAAGACCAAUUCUCUUGCAGGCAGACUCAUUCAUUCGGCACCACCCAUUCAUCAACAGGUGAGCAGUGCUGGCGGUACCGUUGUAAAUUCCGCUGCCAGAACUGGAAAUCUUCUUACGUCGAAAGCUUUAUCCCCGUUUAAAAAUUCUGAAAAUCAAGGAAGCACUGUCAAAUCAAUUGGAACUUCUGGAAAAGAUUCACAACCACCCAUUACAGUCGAAUGAUCAUAAUUAUCAAGAAUCAAAAAUAUCACGAUGGGGAAAUUCGAACCGAAGGCGUUUUACAUAUGUUUGCUCUUUGUUAA